UAGGCGGCUCUCCAGAGGCGAAGCCAAAAGGGUAGGGACGCCGUCACUAUUAGCACCGCUGUCUCCCAAGUUUCCCCUUGCGGAUGAGCGGCUCAAGCAGCUCCGCUCCUCCCAGCGCUGAGGGGCCCAGAGAGGCAAGCGGAGAGGACUCGGGACGGAGUUUCUGAGCCAGCGGAGAGGACAGGCGCCCAGCCCUAUCUGGAGGGUCCGUUAAAGAUGAAGGGCCGGCGGCGGCGGCGCCGAGAGUACUGUAAGUUCGCGCUGCUGUUAGUGGUGUACACCCUGAUGUUACUGCUAGUCCCCUCUGUACUAGACGGUGGUCGCGACCAGGACAAGGGUGUUGGACACUGCCCCGGCCUGAAGCGCAGCCUGGGAGUGUGGAGCCUGGAGGCGGCAGCGGCUGGCGAACGCGAGCUGGGCGCCGAGGCGCGGGCCACCCCCGAAGAGAGCGCGGGCCAGUCCUCAGGCAACCGCAGUACCGUCGGGGAGGCACUGACUCGCGAGAAGCAACACAUCUACGUGCAUGCCACCUGGCGCACAGGCUCGUCCUUCCUGGGUGAGCUCUUUAACCAGCACCCAGACGUGUUCUAUUUGUACGAGCCCAUGUGGCAUCUUUGGCAGGCACUGUAUCCAGGCGACGCCGAGAGCUUGCAGGGCGCGCUGAGAGAUAUGCUGCGUUCUCUCUUCCGCUGCGACUUCUCUGUGCUGGGGUUGUAUGCGCCGCCGGGGGAUCCCGCCGCGCGAGCUCCGGAUGCAGCCAAUCUCACCACGGCAGCCCUGUUCCGCUGGCGGACCAACAAGGUCAUCUGCUCACGGCCGCUGUGCCCUGGUGCGAUGCGUUCCCGCGCUGAGGUGGGGCUCGUCGAGGACUCCGCCUGUGAGCGCAGCUGCCCGCCCGUAGCGCUACGCGCACUGGAGGAUGAAUGUCGCAAGUACCCGGUGGUGGUCAUCAAGGAUGUACGCUUGCUCGACCUGGGCGUGCUGGUGCCACUGCUGCGUGACCCAGGGCUCAACCUGAAGGUGGUGCAGCUUUUCAGAGACCCGCGAGCCGUGCAUAAUUCGCGCCUCAAGUCAAGGCAGGGGCUGCUGCGGGAGAGUAUCCAGGUGCUGCGCACUCGCCAGAGAGGCGACCGCUUUCACCGCGUGCUGCUGGCACAUGGCGUGGGCGUGCGUCCUGGGGGCCAGUCCCGCGCACUGCCCGCCGCACCCCGGGCCGAUUUCUUCUUGACUGGUGCGCUAGAGGUUAUCUGCGAGGCUUGGCUGCGCGACCUGCUUUUUGCGCGCGGUGCUCCUGCCUGGCUGCGGCGCCGCUACCUGAAAGUGCGCUAUGAGGACCUGGUGCGGCAGCCGCGCACCCAACUGCACCGUCUGCUGCGCUUCUCCCGGCUGCGUGCGCUUGCUGCGCUGGACGCCUUCGCACUCAACAUGACGCGCGGCUCGGCCUACGGCGCUGACCGACCCUUCCAUCUGUCCGCACGUGACGCCCGGGAGGCGGUGCACGCCUGGCGGGAGCGCCUGAGCCAAGAGCAGGUGCGCCAGGUGGAAGCCGCAUGCGCUCCAGCCAUGCGUCUGUUGGCCUACCCUCGCAGUGGAGAGAGCGACGCGGAGCCACCCAUGGGAGGGGAGACCCCACUGGAGUCCGAGGUCGACAGCGCCACUUAACCCCUCAUGCCCACUCUAGGGCAACUCUGGUCAGUUCCCAUGGACUGGGGCACUCAGCAUGCUCUCCCAGCACUGGAGCAGCAGCACUGCAGAGGCCAUCUAUCACACUGUCAGAGACUGGGACUUGGCUCUGUACCAACUGCUGUGCAAUUCUGCUGGACAGGAAUAUCCCGAGCUGUUAAAUAAUGACAGACACAUUGGUGGAACGGAAGUGACAGUUCAAUGUGGAUAUUUAUGACCAUAAAAUAGGAAGAGCUUCAGUUCCCAGACUGAACCUGCCUCUGUUGGAGCCAUUUCAACAAAGCUUACAACAAAGACAAGAUGGGAUUGGGUUUCAAUUCACAUUAACAGAUGUCUGGACAAAAAUAUCAAUGUGAAUAAAUGAAUCAUGUGCAGUGCU